AUGACGACCCAAGAGUCUGACCUUUCAUCUCGCCUCUACGAUCGUUGCUCAGAACUUUUUACUGUCAAAAUGUCCAAACUGACGUUCUCUCACGUCAUCCGAAGAUUUGUCCUCUUUUUUUUUCCCUACCAUCCCACUCUCCGACCAUCACUUUCUCAAGCUUUAUUCUCAAUUAAUACUGAUUGUUCCAGACGGCAUUGUCACAUCUAUUGCCUUAUUCGCUCUUCUUUUCUUUCUUUCUUUCUUUAUUUUCUUCUUCUUCAUCUUUUUUUUUUUGCUCUGUCCUUUAUUCCUUCAUUCUUUCCCUCGUACAUUAUAAUUCGUUCUUUUUUCUUACUGGAUUAUUAUUCCUUUUUAUUUUUUUACAUUUAUUCCUACUUUUAUUUUCUUUCUUUUUUGUUUUAUUCUUUCUUUCUUUCUUUCGUUCGUUCGCAUGCUGGUAGAUUAUUAUUCAUUUUGACAUUGUUUUUUCUUCUGACUGUCUUUCUCUUUCUUUUCGUUUCUUUUUUGUCUUAUUAA